GAUGCACCUGUCCACUUGCACCACAAUCAAAUGGGUAUUGAGCGCGCUUCACGGCGCAUAGGUGACGACGGCAGCUGUGCAUGCAGCAUGCUUGGCUGCUAGCCUUGCUCCAUUCACCGUUGCUCCCUCCCAUGGGCCGAGCCAUCCCUCAUGCGGGCUUUAUGGACGAGGUCUGUAUAUUCUGUCUGAUAUCAUCGUAAACUCUGCUCUGGCAAGGCAAUCAGCCUAUUGCAGAGUUUCUAUCACACUCGCAAGCAUGGCUUUCUUGCUGAACGCAGCCUUGUCGAUGACCGCAUCAGCCUACCGAGCCGGCACAAGUCUCUUUGGUACGCACACCGCGGCCACCGACACACACCUCAGUAUCCUCCAUUCACCUCUUCUCGUUCUCUAUCGAGGCUCAGAGACAUACGUCUCCGUCACUGUGCUCGAAUUCGAGAAGGGCGGGGCUGGCAAACAACGUCGCGAUGGCGGGGUCCAAGUCUCGCUUAUCCGACGGGGAUGGCGUGCGGGUAUCUUCGGCUGGGCGAUCGCCAAGUACUUGGGAGCAAAGACGGUCAAAGGAAUUGAUGUGACACCUGCGACGGAGCACGGAAGGCCCAACAGUAAAUCUGCGCUCGAAGGAGGCGAGAGCAGCGGCAGUCGUGCGCGUACAGCAUUCCCAGCAAAACAGCUCGAGUCGUACGAGAAAGAGACUAGGCAAUUUGUCCAAGAUCAGGCUAAAACUACGCAUGAAUUACUGUGCGAUGGAGUUUCUUCCAUUUCUCAGAGAAAUGUUGUACCCGUCGCGACGCACAUCGUUCGCAUCCCAGCCCGUGCGAACGACGGCUAUUUCCGGAUCGCCUUUUGCUACUCAGAUGGCAGUGUCUCUGUGUCUCCCGACUUCCGCAUAUUCUCUUUCUCUUUGUCUUCCGCCUGCCCUCGCGGUGCUGCUCUUCUGCCGCCGACUAUCGCUCCGGAGCUCAUCCUACGGGCGCUCAGCACGGCGCUGCAUGCCUUCCUGCUUGGCCUCUUUCCAAUCGCUGCAAUCCUAGAGAAGAUCUUGCCGCGCGCUUGGACACGCCGCUUCAUGCGAUGGGCAUACAAUCGCAUCGGUGGAGAUGAGAGGAAGGACAAGUUGCUUGAAAAGUAUGAGAUGAAGGAAAGGCUGGGCAAGGCCACGGAGUCUUUCUACGAGACAGUCCCCUUCGCUUCGGCUGGCGUUCGCACAUCUCACGAUCUAGCCAAGGACCAGGAGUAUGGCAUCGGCGGCGUGACGUACUGGAGAUGAACAGGAGGGCAUCAGGCGAAUGCACAUCUUUCUGUAAAAAAAUACUAUAUAGUGAGCUAUGCAAAUUGGGAGCAUAUCGCAGC